AUGUCGAGCUCUGAUGAUUCAGAUUUUCCUGACAUUUCUGCUGAAAGUGUAACAUCUCCUCCUCCUCUCCCUGAUGUAGAAACAUUGAAGGACACUUUGACAGAAGAAACUGAAGCUUUUGCCAAGAAACUAAUUCGAGAUGUGAAACCAUUUAUCAAAAGAACUACUACCACUAGAGAUGAAGUGAGGGCUAUGAUCAGAUGCCUCAGCAAAUGCAUCUUGGCGUUAAACUCAAGUCUGAUGGAAGAGGGCCUAGCCGUUGAUGAUACAGUGGUUCAACCUAAAGCCGACGACUCCGAGCAGAGCAUAGAGACAAUGCGAAAAAACUUCUUAAGUUUUUGA